GCAGGCGUAACCCUUUCUCUCCUCUCCGCUCUGCGCGAGGCACGACCCGUACCGUACAUUCCUCGAAUUCUCCUUAUUGUUCGUUUAAAUUGCAAAGAGUCGGCGAACGUGCUACGUAAACACAGUACGUAGGUACUGUACGUAUCUCUCCUGAGAGAUCCUUUACAGGUUAGAAUCAGUCAGCUAGGGAAUCAAUCGAUCACGCGCACGGUCGGCUGUGACCAUAUUGCAAUUCAAAUCUGCAAUCUGCGCCGACUGAGACGCGGCGCUAUUCUCUCUUCCGCACAAGUCCGAUAUCUUCGCAGAUAAGAGCUCUGAGGCAUUUAUCUCGUUUCGGGGUGAUUUCGUCAGAGUUCAGUGAAUCAGCUCCGGAUUAGCCGCGCACGAUUUCGCAUUACUGUGCAAUCGUGUCUGUGCGUGUCGCAAUGGCCACUUGGGACGGUUCGUACCCAGCGGAGGAGGAAUCCAACUAUUUCGUUUAUUCCGGCCAGAACGCGCCCGGCACCGCCGUAGAGUCUUGGCCGUAUUUCACCGGCAACUCGACCGGGAACCCCGCGUACCUGCCCGACAUUGCCUCAGGGAACUAUUUUCCCCCUGCGAGUGGCGGUCAGCAUAUGUACGAGCAGAACAGGUCUACCUCCGACUCCGGCUUCUAUACGAACAUUCUGCCGAUACCGUCGAACAUGGUGCCUUUGGGAAAUUCCUAUCAGGAACAUAUACUGCCAAACACUUCCCCAGUGGACGGCGUACCGAACAGUUUGCAGCACUCCGCGAAGGGUGCUCGAUUCUUACGCAAUGCAUCGUCCUCCCGCGACAGUUACAAUCGGAGACCUAGGAGUAACCGGAUGACCGGUAAUUACGCGUCGGAAGGGGAUAUUCAGUCCAGCAUAGUGGUGAACUCGAAUCUACACCCCACAGCCAGUGAAUUUGUGCCAAAUUGCGAUGCAAAAUUUAGGAAGGACAAGUUUAACAAGAGUGACACUUUUAACAAUGCAGGUGGAAGUAACUUCAGUGUGCAGGGUUGUAGGCCAAAAUCAGUCGAGGUGUCUUUGCCAGAUAACAGAUAUAACAAGGGUGAAAGACGCUAUGACAAUAAGAGGAAUAUGUAUUAUAAGCAAAGGAGCCCAGAGGAUGCACCGUCUAUAAGAUCCGAUUAUAAGGAUGCCUAUAGAACGUAUGGUGCAAAGAGUUACAACAAGUUUCAGAAUGACAAAUAUUAUAAAAAAAAUAUUAAAAGACGUCAAACUGACGUGUCAUCCGGCAUGGAACAGCACGUUGUCAAAAAACCUAUCGCAACUGACUCUACCAGCUCGUCCAUGUCCAGCAGUCUGGUGGAUAAGAUCUCGGUUGAAGGGAUUCUGGAGGACGACUUCUUGAACAUUAACGCGACUAAGGAGGAGACGCUAUCACACGAAAACAAUGACUCGGAAAGCACGUCGUCGAGAAGCGACAUGCAACGGAACGACAAAUCCAAGCGAUUCAGCAACCACGCCAAUACCUUCAACUAUCACAAAUACAAUCCGGACAGGCCCGAACUCGUUGGUAGAAUUACGAGAAGAUACACGGGUAACAGCAGAAGCGAAAGAUACGAGAGCAAUUACAAAGGAAAAAAGAAUAGCUUCAAUAACCAGGCUGGUUCUAGAGGUAACGGUUACGGCAAGAGAAGUGGAAAUGAGAAAUUGGACGAUAGAGACAAUAAAGACGGUAACAAUGAGGAGAUGACGAAUCACAAGGAGAAGAAAGUGGAGAAUUGGAGGGAUAGAACAGAAAGUAACGGGACAACGGCGCAUACGCAGAGGAGAAAUCUGCAAAAGAAAUACGAGAUCGAUGACGACGCGAGUCAGAGAGAGAGAUUGACGGAACAGCUGAACAGAGGAGCACUGGAAUGUCUCGUUUGUUACGAGCAUAUCAAGCAAAGCGACUAUGUGUGGUCCUGCGCUAACUGUUAUCACGUCUUACAUCUGAAAUGUAUCAAAAAAUGGGCCAAGUCGUCGCAGAUCGAUAAAGGUUGGAGAUGCCCGGCUUGCCAAAACGUCAGUUCCGUCGUACCGAUGGAUUACUAUUGCUUCUGCGGGAAAAUGAAGAUGCCGGAAUGGAAUCGUCGGGACGUGGCGCAUUCGUGCGGCGAAACCUGCGGUCGUAAUCUAUCGAAGAAGAGCUGCGUGCACAAAUGCACUCUGCUCUGCCAUCCCGGCUCUUGCCCGCAGUGUGUAUCGAUGGUGACCAAGUAUUGCGGUUGCGGCAGAACCUCGCAGACGCUCCAAUGUAGCGCUCACAAACCGCUACUCUGCGACUCAAUAUGCGGCAAAGAUCUACCGUGUGGCAAGCACGUCUGCGAGAGACAAUGCCACCAAGGGGAGUGCGGCACUUGCGACAAGACUGUGCAGCAAACAUGUUUCUGUGGCAAGAAGACUCAGGAAGUGCCUUGCCGAGCCAAUGUUCCGGAUACGUAUUCCUGUGAUAAUAUCUGUAACAAAAAGCUCGACUGCGGUAAACACAACUGUCGGAAGAUCUGUCAUCCGGAUUCUUGCGAGUCUUGUUCCUUGACGCCCGAUAGAGUUACAACCUGUUGUUGCGGUCAGACGCCAUUAACGGAGAAGAGAGAGAGUUGUCUAGACCCCGUGCCGACUUGCGACAAGAUCUGCUCGAAGCGUCUUAAGUGUGGCCAGCCGAGUAAUCCGCACACCUGCAAGGCAUCGUGUCACACGGGCGAAUGCCCAGAAUGCGACUUGAGCAGUGAUGUCAAGUGUCGAUGCGGUAACAUGGACCGGGAGAUCGCUUGCCGAGAUUUGACGAGCAAGGCCGAUGACGCACGUUGCGAGAAGCGCUGCAAGAAGAAGAGAUCUUGCGGCAAGCACAACUGCAAUCAGCUAUGUUGCAUCGAUAUCGAGCAUAUCUGUCCUUUACCGUGCUCGAAGACUCUGAGCUGCGGUCGACACAAGUGUGAACAGAGAUGUCACAUGGGAAGAUGCAUGCCUUGUUGGCAAAGCAGCUUCGACGAGCUAUAUUGCGAGUGUGGUGCUGAGGUGAUCUAUCCGCCGGUUCCGUGCGGCACAAGGAGACCCGCCUGCAACCGGCCAUGCUCUCGUCAGCAUGCCUGCGGUCACGAAGUGCUGCACAACUGCCACAGCGAGCCUACGUGCCCGCCGUGCAGCGUACUAACUCAGAGAUGGUGUCAUGGCAAGCAUGAGCUGAGGAAGGCAGUAGCGUGCCACGUGAGCGAGAUCUCGUGCGGUCUGCCGUGUAAUAAACCGUUGUCGUGCGGCCGGCACAAAUGCAUUACAAUGUGCCACUCUGGGUCCUGCGAGAAACCCGGUCAGCAGUGUAUACAACCUUGUGUCAUCACGCGAGAAUUAUGCGGGCAUAUUUGCGCUGCUCCGUGUCACGAUGGCAAGUGCCCGGAUACGGCCUGUAAAGAGAUGGUUAAAGUGACAUGCCAGUGUGGACAUAGAACCAUGAGCCGUACUUGUGUCGACAAUGCGCGGGAGUAUCAGAGAAUAGCUAGCAACAUAUUGGCCAGUAAGAUGGCCGACAUGCAGCUUGGUCAUUCCGUCAAUCUAGAGGAAGUCUUCGGACAAGGCGCGAAGAAGCAGAAUCAGUUGAAGACUUUGGAAUGUAACGAUGAGUGCAAAACGAUUGAGCGAAAUCGAAGAUUAGCUUUGGGACUUCAGAUCGUCAAUCCGGACUUGAGCGGCAAGCUGAUGCCGAGAUACAGUGAUUAUAUGAAACAGUGGGCCAAGAAGGACCCGCAUUUCUGCCAGAUAGUCCACGAAAAGCUCACGGAAUUGGUGCAGCUUGCGAAAACGUCGAAGCAUAAGUCCCGGAGUUAUUCGUUCGACAGCAUGAACAGAGACAAGCGCCACUUUGUGCACGAGUCAUGCGACCACUUCGGCUGCGAGAGUCAGGCGUACGAUGAGGAGCCGAAGAGAAACGUAGUCGCGACUGCCGUAAAAGAUAAGUGUUGGCUACCAAGUUAUAGUUUAUUGGAGAUAGUGCAGAGGGAGAAUGGGCAGAGGAAAGUUCCAGGACCGGUACUUAAUACUUCUAGGGGAAACAGCUCUACAAAGACUGUCCUACCGGUGAAGAGUCCACAGUUGUCAACUUCUAAAAUCCCUGAUAAAGAAAUAGACUAUUUUGAUUAUCGAGGAUAAAUCAACAAAUCGUCAUUAGCAUAUAAGACGCAGCUGUAUAACGUGAAAGUUGUAUGAUGUGUAUGAUAUUAUAAACAAUACAUAUAUGAACAUUUGGUUUCAAUGCUUUUGGAACGUUUCAAUGCAGUUUGGAACAUAAGUGAUGAUCUCUAAAGAGAGAAAGCUGGAAAUCAAUUAAAAACAAAUUCUCUCAUUAGACUAUCGGCUGCGUCCCAAAUCGUAUCGAGAAACAAGUAUCCAGAUUGUUUUUAAACCAAAUGUACAACUGUAAUUAUAUAAUUAAUAUUAUGUGACUUUAUAAGUCAGAAGUAUAAAAUAAAAUAUAAAAUAACGUAUCACACAUAUUAUUAUCAAUUAUUUUUGACUUGUUUUGCAAGUAUAUAAGUUUUGAUUAAAACAAGCUCAUAAAAUUUGUCAUAUAAGAAUUUAAGAGUAACAAGAUGUGACGCUUUUGUUGCAUCAGCAAAAAAUUAUAACAAAUUGAGAAUUAUAUUAUCAGAACAAUGUCAUUUCAAUAAUGGUUUAAGAUAUAUUCUUGUUAAAAUACUCUCUGAAAUGGUAUGCUCAAAAAAAUGUAAUAAUAUAAAAAGCACAGUCUCUUCAAUAUAUUUCUUGUUGCCAAAAG